GUUUUGCCCCCAUAGCUUGUUACCACCUCAGCCUUCCAACUCCGGUUUCUAUGAUCCAGCCCUUUGCCUCCUUUUCCUUCGCCUUCAGGAAACCCUAACCCGAGGUCUUCGUCGAUCGAUCGAUUCCCUUGAAGCAUCCGCCAUGGGAAACACUGAGAAGCUGAUGAACCAGAUCAUGGAGCUCAAGUUCACAUCCAAGAGCCUGCAGAGGCAGGCGCGCAAGUGCGAGAAGGACGAGAAGGCCGAGAAGCUCAAGGUCAAGAAGGCGAUCGAGAAGGGCAACAUGGACGGCGCCCGGAUCUACGCUGAGAAUGCCAUCCGCAAGCGCACGGAGCAGAUGAACUACCUCCGCCUAGCCUCCCGCCUCGACGCCGUCGUCGCCCGUCUCGACACCCAGGCCAAGAUGCAGGCCAUCGGUAAGUCCAUGGGCUCCAUCGUCAAAUCCCUCGACUCCGCUCUCGCCUCCGGCAACCUCCAGAAGAUGUCCGAGACCAUGGACCAGUUCGAGCGGCAGUUCGUCAACAUGGAGGUCCAGGCUGAGUUCAUGGAGGGCGCCAUGGCCGGAUCCACCAGCCUCUCCACCCCCGAGACCGAGGUCAACAGCCUUAUGCAGCAGGUUGCGGACGAUUAUGGCCUUGAGGUCUCCGUCGGGCUUCCGCAGGCCGCAUCACAUGCCAUCCCUGCCAAGGAGAAGGAGAAGGUCGAUGAGGAUGACCUCUCGAGACGCCUCGCAGAACUCAAGGCCAGGGGUUAGUAGUUCUCACAAGGAGUUGGACGCGUCCUGCUGAAAUCUAUUUACAGGCAGGCCCUUCAUCUAUGAUAUAUGCUGGAGAGUUGCUAAAUAAUUGUUGUUGGUGGUGUUGUAUAUAUAUAUAUAUAUAUAUAUAUAUAUAUAUAUAUAUAUAUAUAUAUAUAUAUAUCAGGGCACCUGUGGCAGAUGUACGUUGUUAUUGUUGACUUGUAGACCUCUAUGUAUUUAUGGAACUCUGAAAUCCGUGAUUGCAUGUUA